AUGGACGUUCCCGAGGCUGUUGACAUUAAUGCAAUGUGUGAGGAGGGGGCAGGCGUGAUGGGCACAGUCGAUUUUGGAGAUGUAGCCGAUAUAACGGAAAAUGAUAUUUUGAGGAAGGUGUUUCGUAGCGAAGACGAUGCAUACGAGUUUUAUAAGAGAUUAGGAAAAUUCUACGGGUUUGGUAUAAGAAGGGGAGACAUGUUCAAGGAUGAGAAGGGUAAUUUGGUUCGGAGAAGAUUUUUUUGCAAUAGAGAGGGACAGAGAGAUAAGAAACAUUAUAACAGGAUCGACAGGAAGAGGCCUCACAAGCCGGAGACAAGGACGAAUUGUGAAGCAAGAAUGUGUAUAUAUUUAGAUAAGGACAGCUCGUUGUGGAGGGUCAAGAAAAUCAUUUUGAACCACAAUCACAACAUGACUCAUCCUGGAAUGGUCCAUCUAAUUACAAGUUUUCGUUCGUUGACGGAUGCUGCGAAAGCCCAAUUAGAUGGGUUUCAAGGUUGUGGCAUCUCCACGGCAAAGACAAUGCGGUACAUGGCUGGGGUAUCUGGAGGGUAUUCAUUGGUAGGUUUUUUGAAGAAAGAUGCUUAUAACUACGUGGAUAAGAGGCGUCGUGCAAAGAUAGUUGACGGAGACGCAAACGCAGCUAUAGUGUACUUGGAGGGUAAAGUCGAUGCAGACCCAACUUCGAUGGCAAGGUAUAAUGUGACAGAAGACGAGAUGCUAGCGAAUUUACUGUGGGCAGAUGGUGGCAACAGGAUAGAUUACCAAUACUUUGGAGACGUACUUGCAUUCGACUCAACCUAUAAGAAGAACAAAUACAAGAGGCCGCUGGUGAUUUUCUCAGGAUGUAAUAACCACAAGCAAACAUGUAUUUUUGGGUUUGGUUUGGUGUUAGAUGAGAGCAUUGCAUCAUACACGUGGCUGUUGGAGAAUUUCUUGGAGGUCAUGUGCAGCAAGCAGCCUUCUGUUGUUGUCACAGAUGGUGAUGACUCAAUUCGAGAAGCCGUUCGAACAAUUUUUCCAAAUGCCACGCAUAGGUUAUGUGCUUGGCACUUAGAGAAGAAUGUCACGUCAAACGUGAAGGAUGACAAUUUACGUCGGCUUUUUAAUCGGUGGAUUUAUUCUGAAAUGAGGGUUGAUGACUUUGAGGCAGAGUGGGCUCAGGCCGCAGCCGAUUAUGGCUUGCAGGAUUCACUAUGGUGGAACCAAGUCUAUGGGAAAAAGGAGAUGUGGGCAAACGCUUUCUUGUGCGAGAAAUUCUGUGCCGGGUAUCGGACAACAUCACGGUGCGAAGGGAUAAAUUCGGUGUGCAAGAAUUUUCUUGAAUCAAAACACAGUAUGUUGGAGCUUGUUCAGAAUCUAGAACUUCUUGUGCGAGAGUAUAGGAACAAUGAGUUGUUGGCACAGUUCAGGUCUAUUUAUAGUGAACCAGUGCUGACAACCUCGCUGGAAUCCCUUGAGCGUCAUGCAGCUUCUGUUUACACGAGAGCGGUAUUUGUAGAUGCUAAACGGGAGAUUCAGAGUGUAUCUUCAGUUAAUUUUGUUGGGGUGAGGCGGUCAUUGACCACAAAGGUGUACACAGUUGAGGAGUACGGUCAUCCAGGCCGUCAUAUUAUAGUAUUAUGUGAUAAGAACAUGGGUAAAUUAGAAUGUGGUUGUAAUUUUUGGAGAAUUCAGGGGUUUCCAUGCAAACAUAUGUUUUUUGUCAUGAAGCAUGAACACUUGUUGACAAUACCUAGUAGUCUAGUGUUGAAGCGUUGGACCAAAGAAGCAAAAUCAUUAGGCGCAUACGCUGAGAAAACAGAUGACGGGGGUGAUAGAGGGUUCUUGCUUCGCCAUGGAGCACUUCAUUCGGCGUCCAGAUGGUUGUUCUUUUUAGGGGCCCAGAAGGUUGGGUUAUUCGGUGUUGCUUUGGAGGGGAUUCGCCGACUAUGUGCAACAUUGGAAUCAGAGUUGGCCAAUGGUGUUCAUCCUACCAAGUCUAAGCAAGGCGGUGAAAUUCGAGAUCCAGUUGUUGUGCGAACAAAGGGAGCACCAAGGGGUCAUAAGAGAAAGGCGUCCAAGAGAAAGUGUGUGAACUGCAACAAGCCGGGACAUACAAAGAGGACUUGCACAGAUGGAAGGCCUUGUCGGGGAAAAAAACCCCGAGUGGAUACAUUCAAUUCUGCUGAGGACGGGGGACAAAGUGAGGAGGUGGCUGAACUGGAAGCGACCGGAUCCAAUGAUCAAACUAUUGGGGUAGAACACGUGAUUGGAGGUGGGUCUGUUCGAAUGCCGCAGGUAGAACUAAUCAAUACGGUUCCAUUUUGCAGAUACCGUGGGCAGUAG